AUGGCUGCAUUGGAUAGCACCUCUGAACUCAGUAACCUUUUGGAUACUUGGCGAAAGGAAGAUCAGGAUAAUGUAUCACCUGUUAAAACUCUUCAAAGGUAGUAGUAUUAUUUUCUUAAUUUGAAAAAGAAAAUGACGAUGAUAAUCGCUGAAAGCUUUCAAGUAGCUGCCUCGUUGCAAUUGGUUUCAUUCGUUAAGAUGCAUUGAAAUAAAUAUUAUGUAUUUCACAGUGACAAACUUUCUUAAUUUUAAGACCGUUUCUCCAGUUCAUCUUGCAUGUCAACAGAUACCUUCUACCUAGCGAGGCAUAUGGUGGUCUGCCUGUGAUAAAACCGUUGUUAGGUUAGCAUGUGGCUGUAAUUACACACCGACAAAAAUUCCUAUUCCUCUCUCAGAACGUAUAAAACAUAGCAUAGAAAGGUAGAAAAUAAAUGGGAAAGACAAUGGCCGAAUGAUUUGUGUGCUAGAUUCUGGAGGGGAGUUUUUUUAGUUUCAAGCCUUGGCCGUGAUGAUAAUUGUGUGAUACACUCUCAGUGCGUAUGACUAUUUACUGGAACUGUAAGAUAAAUAACAUUGUUCAUGUUGGGCUUUACAAAAAGUGAACAAACAAUCUGGCAAAAAGUAGAUUCAAAAGUGUUUUUACGUUUUAAAAUCACUCAUGUAGGAUAGCAGAGCUUGUGGAACGUGAGAAUGAGGCAUAUCAUAAACUAGAUCCAGAUCCUUUUGAUGAUCGGCAUCCAGGUAAAAGUGCAAAGUUACCUUUUCACGUUACACACUAUUUAUGUUUUAUAUGUUAUAACAUCUAUUACAAAUACAUUAGGUAAUGUAAUGUUAGGUAUUCUUAUCAGAUACUAGGAAGGAUAGCUACAGACAUAAAGGGGGUAAGUUUCUUUGAAAAAACUGUGAUGCUGCAUCAGUGGGGGAGUUUAACAAGGUAAUUUGGUUUUAUUAACUGAGUUGAUAAUGUUAAUUGGCCACCAUAAAGAGUUUCAAAACAUUUCAAGCAUUAGCCCUUUGUCAGCGUGUUUGUUGUGUAAACCUCUUCCAUUAACUGCAAGCCGAUAAGAAACAAUAUGUAUAUUGAAGAGAACCAAAGCCUGCCAAUAAUGAAACAGGUCCAAGACACACUCUGCAUGAAAAAGAACGAAACAUGACAAACAACAGUAAUUCAAACUUUCAUGGAUGAGAAGUGUUGUUCUUGCUUCUUAUUCAAUGUCAAUUCUUCUUUUUGUUCCCAGUGGAAUCUUCACUAGACUUACUGUGUUAAAGAGGCACUAUAUCUACUUACUUGAGUCACAAGAAAACACUAGAACUUAGAUGAGGCUUGGUGUGGCCUGGCUGUGAAUGAACUUAAUUACUUUAUUAUAAAUGUUUUCUCAGUUAGUACAUGCACAAUGAUUGGUCAAUUUAGUGGGUUGUAUUUCACUGAAAAGCUUGAAAAAUUUUAAAUUUUGGCUUUAAUUAGAAUCUUCUCCUUUUAUUGGACCCUGAUUAUUAAAAAUCUUAUGAGCCUCAUUUUCUCAGUCCAUACUCUUAAGUGACAGAACCUUUUUUUUUUUUUUUUUUUUUUGGCUCAGAUGUAUGUCCUAAGGGAAAAAAACUUGGUCUGUAAUUUUAACAGUGCAGAUCUCACACUCAGUCAGUAAGAGGUCUUGAUUGUAUUAAAUUAUUCAAAAUAAAAUCAGCUCUUGUUUUCUCCAUCAUGAACAUUUCAGGUAGAGCUGACCCAGACUGUGCAUUAGGCCAUCUUUUGAAGACACUGUUCAGAAAUGAUGAAUUUAUGGACAAACUAGUGAACUCCUAUAUCAUGAGCACUGUGGAACAGUUUAAUCUGAACUGCACUGCAGCCAGAGUGUUGUUAAAUGCCAUGCCUGGGCUGGAAAGUGCUGCAGUUUUUCAGGAUAUGGUAAGUUUAGAAAGGUAUUCUUAAUCCUUUAACUCCUAAGAUCUGAUUGUUAAUUCUCUACUCUAGCUGCAACACAUUUCCUUGUGAAUUAGUUACAAGAAUUUGGUGUUAAAUCAAGAUGACAACUUCUACCUGAUAAGUCAGAGUAUUCUCAUUACCUUUGGCUGGAUAAUGUAUGCAUAUUAUAGGGAGAAGUUAUCUGUUAAUCACUUCUGGGGGUCAAAGGGUUUAACUUAGUAAUCUUAAGAUGUGACUUUCUUUCUUCAGCUUGAGUUCUAUGUAAAAACCCAGAUCAAUGUGUCCAGUUUCUGUGGCAUGGCACCAAUUGUCCUUUUCAGAACAAAAUACUCUGAAUUAACUCAUACAAUUGCUAUUUCAUCAAAUUAUAGAUAAAAAACAUGAAUUUCAUGUAGUUACAUCAUGAAAAACAGAAAAGGAAAAGAGAUCUUAUUUGUUGCUCUCAGUCAUCUCACUUUAGUGCAAAAAAACUUUAAAAAAAUGCAAACUUUUCAGAUCCUCUUUCAUUGUACCUUAAUUCAUAACUGCAAAUUUCUUAAAUAGAACAAGAGAGAUGGCAAGGUUUAAGCUCGCUAAAGAAAUAGAGAAAGAUGUUUUUUGUCUUGUCACAAGCGUGUGACAAAGAAAAAAAUUCUGAAUCCCCAGGUUGAAUUGAACCUUAUACCUUCAGAUUCUGGGGUCCAAUGCUCUACCACUGAGCCACAACAAAUAAGAUCUCUUUUCCUUUUCUUUUUUUCUUUGUCCCACGCUCGUGAAAAGACAAAAAACAUCUUUCUCUACAUAUUUCCUAUCAAUAAAUUUGAUGUCAAUCAUGUACAUGUAGGAAGCAAUGCUUAAUCGUUUAUGCAAGUGGGCCAGAGAAGCCUCAGAACCCCUGAGAUCAUAUGCUACAGGUAUUUAUAGCAUAGUUUACUGGUCUUACUUUUCACAGUACUUCAGGCUUUGAACAUUUUGGUCACCAUGCUAAAAACAAAAGGAAAAAAAAAAUUGAAUUGACUAAAUAUUUAGCAUCAAGUGCUCUCCUUGGGAAAAUUAGAUUUACCUAAUUCCUGUAAAGCUUCUGAGUUUCUGAGCUAACUCAAUUUUGUUUACACCUUUAUAAACUGGGUGCAAGUAGAAGGGUGUUUUAGUUCGGUGAUCCAAGGUAAUUUACAUUAGGUUAACCCUUGAGAGUGACUUGCAUCUAAUUUCUUCUUUUAAUAUCACCCCUGAAUCAAACAUUAAGAUUGUGGAAAUAAAGGAAAUGAUAAGCAACUGAAGAACCUCUUGAUUGUUUAACAAAUUCUCCUUGUCAGUGCAUUAGGAAAUGUACAGAGAACAGUAUGGAGAAUAUGCAUACUGAUGUUAGGGUGUAAAGAGUGAAGAUAUACAGGGCGUGAAAUUAAUUUUUUUUCUGAUAGCCACUUGGCUCCUAAAUUCUUCAAAGUGGUAGCCAAUCCAAAAAAAGUUGGUCGCCAUUUCCAAAGACAAACAAAACCUUUUUUUAAGCUGUCAGCGUUCUAAAUAGAACCUCCAAAAUUAAGUUUGGGAAAAGAUUUAUUAAAGGAUUUAUCUUUGCAAAUUUUUUUAAUUCACUAUAUCUCUUGGUAAGGUUAUGAUGAAACAUUCUAGUCGCCAAUUUGGCGACUAAUUUCCAGGAUUUGGUCGCCAAAGUGAAAAAUUUAGUCACAUUGGCGCCUGUAUUAGGCGCAAUUUCACACCCUGAUAUAGAUAGUCAUAGUUUGAUUGAGGAUUCUAAUAUUCCUUUUUGAUCAUUUUUUAUGUGUAUUGCUGCAGUUGCAUUUUUAAUUUGUUAAUAAUAAUUAUUAUUUAUUAACAGGUCUUUUAGCAUUUGCCAUGGAGAGCCAGGAUAUUGCUGCAGUAUUCAGAGAAGAAAACUCCACCUUGGUAAGUCAGUAUAGCAAUAAUUUGAUUUUAGAUAUAUGAAAUUCAUAUAGUUGCACUGUGGUGAAGAAAUAAAUAUAAGAGAUCCUCACAGCCAAGAACACUUCUGAACUAGUAGUUGAAAUAAGACCUGAAAAAAAUGUUCAGGCCCGUAUGGGAUUUGAACCCGUGACCUCUGCGAUAACGGUGCAGCGCUCUACCAGCUGAGCUAACAAGCCAACAGGGAGCUGGUCAAUAUGUUGGAUGAAGCAAUUUUUAAAAGUGACCGCUAAGGUUACAAGAAUAAAGGAAAUGAUCACCUAUUAAAGAAUCUAAAUUCUCCUUGUCAGCACCUUAAGAAAUGCAAGAGAAGGAUAUGAGUAUUGAUGUUAGGGUGCUGAGGGUUUUUUGUUUUUAGCUUUGUGGUUAACAGUAUUUGUGUUUCAAACGUGUGAGUGCAAAGUUGGCUUUUCACAUCUCAGGAAUUGUCUAUUGUUAGUCAUUGCAUUUUUUGUUUGAAAAACUCUUGUAAACUAUAAGCUGAGGAUUAAAUGUUGAAUUUCACAUGUUUAGGUUCCCUCUAUGCUGCGACGGCUGCACAUUUUAAAGGACUUGUCAGACCUUACACAGCCCGCUGUGACAGACCUGUCAAACAGGAUUAUCCUGAAAGCAAAAACAAACAGGAACAAGAGUGAAAACAGUAACAGUGUGAGUAACAAGAUAAAGAAAGUGAAUCUUGCUGAGCCAGGACCAUCAUGCACUGUGCCACAGAAUGGUGAAUUAUCCGGUUUGUGUAAUGGAGAAGUGGAAGAAGUGAAUAGCUACAAUGGAAAGGGUUAGUUCACUUUUGAGUAUUGUAACUCUGAUUGUCCCUCUGUCAGUGAGUUCAAUCUCCUAGCAACUUCAAGUUGAUUUAACUGUCUUUUCAAACUGAGUGGUAGGACUCGUUUGUAACUUGAAGGCUCAAUUAUUCUCCUUUGGGUUUUCACUUUGACAGCCAAGGCAGUGCUUUCAAUAAGACCCAGCAACAGUAGGAGCUCCAGCGGGUAUUCUGUAGUGAAUUGCCAGAUAUACUCUGGGAGCUUUCAUGCAAACUUAUGAUGUGAGACCUAAAACACCUUGAGAUCUUUUAGAGUUCUUUCAGUCUACUUUUGCCUUUAUAAAUAAGAUUUGAUAAAUGUUUGAUAUUUAAUCUUAUCAUAUAUUUCAGCAUAAAUUUCCAGCCAAAAAAAAAAGAAAGAUUUUGAGUUUCCAACAACAAACUUAUUUUCCUUUUGUUUCAGGCAAAAGUUGUCUACAAGCAAAACAUCCAUUGCUAGUUAAAACAAGCAAGGGCUUCCGUUCCACUGGAAAUGUAAUUUGUGCGCCUAAGGGAGGGUACCACAUAGUCCCUAUGUCCUUUUCCCUCUCCCCCCUGACUCUUGGCAUGCAGCAGAGACUAAUUCUACAGUAUCUGACUCCCUUGGGGGAAUAUCAGGAGGUAUGUGCUGUAAUAAGGCACUUGAGCAUUUAAUGAUAUAUGAAGAACAGAGAGAGUCUCUCCACUGAAGUAUGUGGGAAGCUUGUGGGAAAAGGGCUCUGAAUCAAGGAUAAAUUGGAAAUGUCACACAACUUGAAAAUUUGAGUGUGGACCGUUUUAACUAGUCGUGUGCGAGCAAGAAUUAUUUCUUGGAGGAAGGGACAUACGUUGGCCUUGGUCAGAAGAUAAAGAACUCGGAUCAAGAAUUUUUGAUCAUCUGAUGUGCUUUAACUGAACGUGCGCGAGCAGGAAAUUCUUUUUGGAUGAAGGGACAUAAAUUGGUCUCGGUCAGACGAUAAUGCACUCGGAUCAAGGAUUUUUGAUCAUGUGAAGCGUGUUAACUAAUUGGCGCGAGCAAGAAAUAUUUGUUGGAUGAAGGGACAUGCAUUGGCCUUGGUCAAAAGUUAAUGCACUCAGCUCUGAAUGAAGAGGUUCUCUUUGAGCCGUACCAAAUUUUAUCAGUUGCUAUGGCAACUAAAACAGUCGUAGCUGAGCCUGAAGCAUUGCUUGGCCAUUGAUUUAUCUUGACACAUUUUUCUUUGAACAUUUCAAUUCAGCUGUUGCCGACAGUGUUUGAGUCUAAAGCCCUGGAUCUUGUCAUGCACUACAUUACAUUUAAAGGCCAGGUGGACCUACAACUUGUCUUUGAAGCCCUCAAGGUAGGAAGGAGGCAGUAACGUCAUGCUUUGUGUUGUACGUUUAGAAUUUCAUGCAGUUACGGUUGGUUUUCACCCUCGCCGGUGUACUUACAAAAAGCGUGCAGCGAUAUGAUCCUGUGAAAAUCAAACCGAUAGAAUCAGAAGCAAAAUACUGAUUCCACUUAUGACUCCUUCGCUAAUGAUAUGUGAAAAAUAAAUUGCUGGAGUUUUCAGCCAUCGGUUAGCUCAGCUGUGAUUCCGAAGAUCGAGUUUUCACUGGAUCAUAAGCGUUGGAGUUCUUAGCGGAAUCAGAAGAAAAGAAAUUGUUCGGAAUAUUCCGACUCCGAUUUCGUCAAGCUUUUGGCUCCACUUACGACUCCAACUCUCGAUUUUCUCUGGGUGGCUGGCACUCCUACAACUAAUGAACAAUUCGACUCCAAUUCUGUCUUUUGUGUAAACGAACCUUUAGACACUCUACCACAUUCAUCUCUCUUGAAAAACACUACUUUAACUCUUCAACUCCCAGGUCAAAUUUGUAAUUCUCCUUACUAAGUAAGUAAGUAAAGCCUUUAUUUAAAGAGGGUGGCACUUAAUAGCCAAAGGCUAAUAAACUUGUGGCCCUCGCAACUAUUUACAAUCUAAAAUACUGUAAGCUAAAAUAUAUAUAUAUACAGUUAAAAUAUAAAAUAUGACAGGAUUCGAUUAUAAGAUAAAAAUAAAUUAUUAAAUUAUGAAAUGAUGCAAAAAUUGUUGUUCCUUAAAAAUCUUGGCAAACAUGUUCUUUUUAAAACAUGCUACAGAAUUUAGUUUCCUAAUUUCAAUUGGUGUACUGUUCCACAGUCUUGUUGCCGAAACAGCGAAAGAGCGUCAUCCUUCUGUUUCUCUUUUAUAUUUAGGACAAACAGCAUUAGUGCUUGAAUAUCUAGUGUUGCGGGAGUGCCGCUUAUUAUUUAAAAUUAAGUGUUCAUUUAGAUAAUUCGGCAAAGUCCCAUUAAUUCGCUUAUACAUUAUUGUGCAUUUAUCAAUCUUAUGUUGCUCAUAAAACGGGAUCCAACCUAGCUUGUUAAACAAAGCAACUGAUGGUGUCAUGCGAUCGGCAUAACAAAUAACGCGUGCCGCACGUUUUUGCAAUCUUAAGACCCUAUGAACCGACUCUUUAUCGCAAUUUGCCCAAACAACGUUAGCGUAAGACAUAACAGGGCGAAUAAUGCUAUUAUAAAACUGAAGUCGCUGUUUAAGAGGUAGACACGCUCGGAUCUUACGCAAUAUUGCGAUUCUAGAGGCCAACUUUUUUACAUACUUUCUCAACAUGUUCAUUAAAUGACAAUUUGCUGUCAAUUUCUACGCCUAAUAAGGUAGCACAAUCCACAUUACUGAGCUGUUUUCCAUUUACGAUUACAUCUAUGUCACUUCUAUUUAUGUUGGCCACGCGUCUUUUGCCAGUGAUCGUAAGUACUUUAGUCUUGUCUUCAUUUAAUGGGAGCUUAUUCGCUGAAGCCCAUAAUUGAAUUUCAGAGACAGACUUGUUUAGUGAUGAAUUUAAGGUGGCUAAGUCCUUCACAUCCGCAGAAGCGGUGACAGUCGUAUCGUCUGCGUAGAGGUCCAACUGAGCACUUGUAUACAAGGGCAGAUCGUUGAUAAACAAAAUGAAGAAUAAAGGACCCAAAAUACUGCCCUGGGGGACUCCAUGCAACAUCAAAGCUUCGCUUGACUCACUCCCAUUUACACGGACCACUUGCUUCCUUUCCGACAAAUAAGAGUGACACCAGGCAAGCUCCCGGUUUACUAUGCCGUACAGUUCCAACUUGCGCAACAACAGCUUAUGGUCCACCAUGUCGAAAGCCUUACGAUAAUCGACCAGGACCAUGCUGCAAACCUGAUUAUUAUCUAGGCUGAACAAAAGCUCGUCAAUUAACUUGAUUAGGGCAGUCUCGGUACUGUGCAUCCUACGAAACCCAGACUGUCUGGAAUAUAACAAGUUAUUAUCCAUAAGGAAAGCAUAUAGAGAGUUGUGCAUGUGACGUUCGAUUACUUUUGACACUACCGGUAGCAACAACAACAACAACAGCAUUUAUUUAAACACGAUAAAAAAUUCAGCAAAAGCUGAUGUGGUCGUGUACGGACAAUAAAACUAAAUUCCUAACUAAAUCCAAUAAAACUAAAUUCCUAACUAAUUAUAAGAAGACUAAUGUAAGAUUUCUACAUAAUUUUCAACAAUAAAAAUUCUACAUAGUACAUCAUUAUAACAUACGUGGCUUAAAAAUACACUUGAGUGACUUUUUAAAAGCGUCAACGUCUUGAAUUGAUCUCAUUUGAUUUUCCAGAGCGUUCCACCGAGUAAUUGACUUGUAUGAGCAUGAUUUCUUGACCAUAUCGGUCUUAGGUCUAGGUAACUUAAAUGUCAUUUUCCUCCUGAAGUCGUAGCUACUUACAUACUUUUCAAAGUGACGGCUCAUAGGACGUGGCAAAAGAUUAUAAUAAGCCUGAUGCGCUAAGAUUAGUAAUCGUUUCUCAUACAUAAUCUCUAAGGUAUUCCAUUUUACUGUGGCAAGAACCUCCUUGCUUGGAGUACACCAAUCCAAGUUAAAUAUUAUUUUCGCCGCUCUAACAUGUAUAGAUUCUAAGCUUGAGAAAAUACUCGACCACAAGAGCCCCAAACUAACAUACCAUAUGUCACAGACGGCAGAAUAACCUUAAAAUAGAAAUCAAUUCUUGCCUGUAUAGGAAGAAAAUACAAGGAUUUAAGUAAAUUCAACUUCUGCGUAUAUGACUUAGCUAAUUCCGAUACAUGAUGAUCCCAUUUAAGAGCAUUAUCUAUCUGAACACCUAGGCAUCUUGCAGAAACAACCUCCCCGACAACAUAAUCACCUAUCUUAAUAGCUUGUUUUGGCCCAGUAAAUUUUCCGCGUCCACCAAGCAAUAUAUAUUCCGUCUUGGUGGGAUGUGGAGUGAGACAGUUCUCGCAACACCAGGUAUAUAGCCUUGCUAGUACUUCAUUCAACUUGGAGGCCACCAAAUCGUAGGUCGGAGCUGAGACAUAGACGGUGGUAUCGUCUGCGUACAUGUGAAGCUGUGGGUCACCAUCUAUUCCCUCAGUGAUAUUGGGCAGAUCAUUACAGAAGAUGGAAAACAGGGUAGGGCCCAGCACCGACCCUUGAGGUACACCAAAAGUAACUGGCAUAGCUUGAGAUUGACACCCAUUAAUCGUCGUUACUUGCGUUCUUCCAGAGAGGUAAUCUCUUAUCCAACACCACAAGUCCCCAGCUACACCAAGACUUUGAAGUUUUCGGAGCAGAAUGGAGUGGGGAAUUGCGUCAAACGCCUUACGAAAGUCUACAAAACCACGCCUACAACAUGUUUCUUGUCGAUCGCUUGUCUCCAGUCAUCCGUUAUUUUCACUAACAACAGCUCGGUGGAAUGACCUUUUUAUACGCCCACUGGUGAGGGUUCCCAAGUCCUUGUUCAGUGACAUGCGUGGUAAUAGUUGACGCCACCAUAGACUCCAUCAGUUUUCCUGGUACACUUAAUAGCGAGAUAGGCCUGUAAUUUUGCUUAACGGUUUAUCGUCACUUUUAUAGAGAGCUGAGAUGUUUGCAGCCUUCCAAGUAGCCGGUACACUGUUGCAGGUGGCGCUUAUUUGAAAAACAGACAAUAAAGAUGGAAUAAUUGAGUCACCGGCAAACUUUAAAAGUUUUGGAGCAACUCUGUCGGGCCCAGAGGCUUUAUCGGCCCUCAACUUAGCCAUCGAACUAACAAUAACCUCCUGCGAUAAAUUUAUGUUCAUAACACAAGGCGCGACGGUAGAUACAUGAACGUUACUUUGUGUCGAGUUGGUAUUCGGCAAUUCGUUGGCCAGUUUUUCGCCUAUAGUUGAGAAAUGUUCAUUAAGUAUGUUCGCUUUGUCCAGAUCGGAGGUGACAACUUUUCCAUCCGCAUUCCUGAUCCCUAAUAUCGGGGUAAUCGAUUUGCCGUUUGUCGCAUUUUUUACCAGUCUCCAGUAGGAUUUACAAUCCUUCACUUCAUUGAACAGUUCCAAAUAGUAUCUGCUCUUAGAAA